AUGUCUGACAACACGGAGCUCGUGCUAGCGGCUGACGGAGAGUGCGCCUCACUGGGCGGCGCGUCGACGCCCGUCGACGAUGUGCCUCCAUCUCCACUUCCGGAAGUAUCUGUCCCUAGGCCGAAACCCAGCGCCAAGAAGAGGAAGGACAGGAAGGGCUACCUCGUCUGCCCAGGCUGCAACGACAGCUUUCCUUGCGAGCAGUUCGAGAAUAACCAGCGCUUCGAGACCAACUGUAAGCGGCUACUCGACAGAAUCUAUUCGCAAUGCAAGACGCAGGGUCAGUCGAAGUGGUUUUCCGAGCAGAAGCGGACCGACAUUGGUGUGAAGGGCAUGCUGGACCACUAUCGCACUAUUUUGGCUUCUACCGACAACAAGAAGGAGCACAAGUUCAACGUCGCACAGUACAAGGAGAAGUUCCAGACCAGUCAGGGCGUAGAGUAUACUGGCGGCGGUAAGAUGAUGUGGGAGAUGGAAGCCAUCGAGUUCUGGGAGUCUACCCCUGGCGGGAAAAUGCCUUGGAAAGUAGCCGAGGCCAAGUGGGACGAGAUGGCGGCGAACUACAAGGAGAUGGGCAUUCAGGCCGACAACAUGAGUCCGAACCAAGACUUCCCUCUGCGUCUUCGCAUCCACACUAGCGACGAGGUAAGUUUCAAAAACACGGCAUACCAGACGAAAUCGGUGGAGCGCGCCGACGCUGCUAUCAAAAAGCCUACGGAAGCUUCGUUCCUGCAGAUGCGUGGCAAGGUCUUCCGCAACUUCGACAAGAUGGGCAACUCUGAGAACAGCGUUGAUCUGAACAAUAUUGCUACAAGCAUGGUGGGCAGUGGGGCUGGAGAAGCAUUCAACGAUUGCGCCAUGCAACUGCCCGACAUCACAGUGCUGGGGAAGUCCGCUCAGGCUCAAGAGUCUGGAGAUGAAGACAUGGACGGGGAAAGCGCUGCUGGUGCCAAGGAUGCAGCCGAGUCCUCCACCAGUAAGGCUGGUAGCAAAGCCACCGAUCCCAAUGCCGCCUCGGGCUCGGGUGGGAGUGCCGAAGCUGUCCAGCCACCAAAGAAGAAGCCGAAGAAAGAGAAGUGGGUUGACGUUGGCAAUGCUGUCAACGUGGCGCGCAGGAACCUCCGGACGCAAGCUAUCACCACGAAGGGUAACCUGACGGACAUCAGCUCCAAGAUCAACAACGUCAUGACGCAGAUCAAGGGUAUGCCCCAGGAGAAGCAGAAGCUGUUCGCAGGGGAGCUGUCUCUCGUGGAGGUCAGGCUCAAGGCGAUCGAGUAUGUACUAGGGAAUUCGCCCCCCGACCUUUCUGGAUUCAUCGAGAGCUUCGAUCCCAAGGGGGGCCCGCGGUCGAAAGAGUCAGGAGGUGACGAUUCGAGUUCAGCGGUAGCGGCGAGGCAGCUCAGCAGGAUGCCCCCCUGCGGCCAGUACAAGAAGCUCGUCAUCAUUGAUACUUUCGAGAACUUGAUCGACGAGCUGGACCAGGUCCUAGACGUGGCGCUCAUCAAGGACAUCACGAACAGGUUUCAGACUGCAAAGCUCCCGAUCGUCGACCUCCUGUCGGCGUCUACCAAGGCCUACAACGACAUCAACAAGGCGAUGAAGAGCGUUGAAAAGAAGAAGACUGAAGCACCGAAGGAAAAGACGCCACCAAGCAAGCCCGAGCCAUGCAACAUCUUCGAGUAUGCUCCACAAGUUGGCACCGCCUUCGACACAAUCCAUGAGGACGCCGACCAGUCAGGUAUCACGUACGACAAGCCGUUUGCCAUCAUUUGCGAUACGACGAAGAAGAAGACGUUCGAGGACAAGCCACAGAUCGCAGAUCACGUGAAGGAGUUCCUGGCCCUCGUGACCAAGUACGAACAGAAGAUUAAGAAGGAAACAGACAGCCGCACAUCUUGCAAGGCGAACGAAGCUGUUCAGACGAUCCUGAUAGAGCGCAUCGAUCAUAUUCUCAAGACAGCAACCCUGGUAAACAAGGCCCCCGAGGGAGUGAAGCCAUUCAUGACUACUUCGAUUUUCGGCAUCUUGCCCGGGCCCGACAGUUUUGGCACCGAGAAAGACUAUGCGCCCUCGCUCCGCAUGGCUUGGGCAGGCUCUAGGAUGGUGAUUGCGACGCCUGUCACGAACCUGAACACGUACAUGAUCAACACUGCCAAAGUUGAAACCUCUGUGCUGCACACUUCGCAGAUGGCGAACUACUGGAAGCAAAUGUCCAAGGAGUCUCUGCAGCAGUACGUGGCCUCCGGAGCCUCCGUGUACUACAUCACAGUGGAUGCGAGCACCACCUACUACAUGCCUGCAGGCAUCGCAGUGGGCAACUCCUACUACCGCCUUUCAUCCACCCUUUCCUUCCCAUCUCCUCCUCCUCCUGCUUCUCAUCCUCCUGCUGCUUC